AUGUUUGUCACAAUAUAACUAAUUUAAACACAAAAAUUUGAAUGGAAGGAAGUUAAAGCAAUCAUUUGGCGUAAUUAAUUUCUUAAGGUCGAUCGGACUAAAAUCUAAGUUGCAUAAGAUAAGUAGAUUAUUUAUUCCAAAGAUGGGGCUAUUUUUAAAAUGUAUAUUUGUAUAUUAAUAACUCCAAUAGAGACGAAAUUGAUCUUAUUCCAAAAAAAUAAAAAGCACCUAUGGAUAUUCAAUAAAUUAUAAAUCUUUAAUGGUUAGGUUAAUAUGGAGAGCAAUAUCAAAAGAUUGGUAGAUGGACAGCAAUCUGGAUGGGAGUAAAUGUUGAUAUUGGAGGCUUCUAUAGACAAUGAAUAUUUUUAAUUGCUACUGUGAAUAAGGAAAAAAAAUAGGACUGUGGAAAGAAAUCAUCAAAUUUCAUUAAAAGUAUUUUAUUUCGAUAUCUAAAAGGUAAACUAUAACUUAUGAAUCUGGAGAAUAUAUAAAUAACAAGAAGGUAGGAUAAUGGAAGGUUAUAUAUAAUGGUUUAGAGAUGUAAUCAAUAUUUAUUCAUCUGAAGUGGUGGUGGAACAUAUAAUGAGGAUAAUUAAAGGCAUGGAAAAUGGGUAAAAGUUAGAGCCUUAAUUUAAAGAAAUUGGACAAUAACAUACAUUGGCAUAUAUAAAAAUGGUAAAAAAGUUGGGGUGUGGGAUAUUUAUUUUAAAUUUUAAAAGAGAGAUUAAUUAAUGUAAAAUUCUAAAAGUAUUUCUAGAGGAGGGGGAGUGUAUGAUAAAACAGGUUAAGGAUGUAAAACAGGGUAAUGGAUUGAUAUUGCUGAUGGAUUUCAAUGAGAUUCUUAUGUAAUCCACAAUGGUGAAUAUAAAAUUGGCAAAAAAGUUGGCAAAUGGGAGACUUUAUAAAAAAAAUUAGGAAAUAUACUUUCACUGAAGAUGAUGUAAAAAUAUUUAAUUAUAUUAUAUUUAGAGGUGGAGGAAGUUAUGAUGAAGGAAAUCAAGGAUUAAAAAUUGAUUAAUGGAUUGACAUUGGCCAUAUAUUUUAGAGUGCAUAAGUGACUUAUAGUGGCGAAUAUAAAUAAGGAAAUAAAAUUGGAAGAUGGGAUAGCUGGUGGAAAUCAAAAUAUAAAUAGAAUCUAAAGAUGUAAUUAAUGAUAUUCAACAAUUUGUAAAUAGCGGUGGCGGAUAUUAUGAUAAAGGAGGUCAAAGUGAUAAAAUCGGGUUAUGGGUUGAUGUUAGCGAUGAAUUUUUUGAAGAAUCAUAAGUAAUUUUUAAUGGUGAAUAUAAAAAUGGAAAAAAAAUUGGCAGAUGGGGUAUUUGGUUAAGAAUUUAGGAUCGUCUAGGAGGGAAUAUUGGGAGAAAAUAGAUGUAAAUAAUUAAUAAAAAUAUUUUAUUUCAAUCAAGUGGAGGUGGAGCCUAUAAUGAACUGGGUUAAAAAAUUGGUACUUGGAUAGAGAUUAGUGAUGUAUUUUAUGAAUGGCGUUAGUUAACCUAUAAUGGCGAUUAUAACAAUGGUAAGAAGGUUGGCUUUUGGGAUACUAGAUAUAGGAAGGGUUUUUGCAAUUCUUUUAAAUCGGUGUAUUAAUAACAAAUGAUAUUUUAUCUACUAAUUUAGUGGUGGAGGGUUAUAUGAUGAAGCAGGUCA